UGCGCUGGAAGGACUGGAAGCUUGCUUCAUGGAGAGGGAAAGGUUGUCUUGCGUUGUACCUGUUGCUGUUGAUAGUUAGUUGUGGAACUCGCCGAGGUCUGGGAACAGUUGCGGAUGAAGCAGCCUUGUGAAAGGGAAAGUGAAUGAGAAGAGUUGCAAGUAUUUCAGCGUGCCUAGUUUCUGCAGCUGUGCAACACCUAGCAGUCCCAAUUGAGUCGAAUUGCCUAAUGAGGUUGAUUCGUAGACGUCCAGAUGUUGUGAUAUCUGCAGCUGGAGGGGAACUGGACAUCUUCGAGAUCCACUGUCAGUUGUGAUUCAAUUAUCUCGACUCUAUAAGGUAUCAACAUGGGCUACGGACAGGAGAUGGAUGGCUGUGGACAGUGCAUGAAGUACAGCAUGUUCAUAGCCAACUUCAUCAUAUUUGUUGGCGGUAUUACAGUGCUGGGGAUUGGCAUUUGGACUCUGGUGGACAAAUCCUUCAUGAAUGAGCUGUUGGGUACCAACCUGUUCCUGGGUGCUGUGUACAUCCUCAUUGCCACAGGUGCCAUCAUCUCCCUGAUCGCCUUCUUUGGCUGCCUGGGAGCCCUAAAGGAGAUCAAGUGUAUGCUCCUCACGUACUUCAUGAUUGUAUUCCUUAUCUUCGUCACUAUGCUGGUGGGUGGUAUUCUUGGCUAUGUAUUUCGUGAAAAGGUGCACACAACAAUGGAGCAAGAAAUGCAGAGCACUCUAAGGACAUAUGCAACAAACAGGGCUGUGAAGCGGGCUUGGGAUGACACCCAGGAGAGGCUGAAAUGUUGUGGGGUCACCUCCUCUUUAGACUGGAAAAAUAGGAUUCCAGGGAGUUGCUGUAAGCUUCACUAUGAAAAUUCUUCUUUUGAUAAGUGCUCUCAAUUGCCUGGGAAUAUUUUCGCCACAGGCUGCUUGAACGUCACUGAAACAUUUGUUAAAGAUCAUGCAGCUAUCAUUGGAGGUGCUGGCAUCGGAGUUGCUUGUUUAAUGCUCCUGGGAAUGAUAUUUUCUUGCGCCCUCUUCAAGAUGAUAGAGUGAAGUUCUCAGAAGUACUCAUUCAUCAAUCCUGUAAUUAUCUCUGUAAAGGAGAAAUUGGAGUUACAAACGAAGAAAAAGUUUGUUUCAGUGAUGUUAAAGUGUGGAAUUUCAGGGCCUAAAAUGUUAUUAUUUCCAGCCUGGGUAUGAUAUACUCAUUUCUUACAUUAUCCAUCGCUUUCUAUGCAAGAUAAUGAAAUAUGUGUGUGUGUAUGUUUUUUUUUAUGCUUUGAAAGAACAUUUUAGGCUCCAAACUGAGAAAUAAUUUUACUACAGAGUUAUGUUUUAAAAGUAAGUUUCACUAUCAAGACUUGUUAAUUUGAAUAGAGUUGUUUAUAUGGACAGGUGAUCAUCAUUUGGUUCUUUUGUAGAUUUUAUAUAUUUAAUAUUAUAGCAGUGUAUUACAGUUUCAUGUUGUUUAAAUAUGUGUCAAGUUCUAGUUAAUAAGUAAAGGACAGUGCCUAAACAAAUUUUCACUUUCUCAAAAAUGUACAAAUUUAGCCUUCUUGGAAAUAUGGUAUGCUGACUACAAAACUGACAGAAAAUUGUAAACCGAGUCCUCUGUUUUUCUAUGUAAUACUUAGCCAUCUGCCAUGUAUUAUGUAAUGUUAUUUUAAUAAUAAUAUAUCCUAAUUCAGUGUCAUGAAACACUAUAUUGUUACAUGGUUGGCAUAAGUUAAUGAGAGGGGAAAAGUGUUUUUAUUUUGCUUGAAAUUUAAUAUACAAAACUGAUGUGUUGCAACAUGUCUGUGUUCAGAUUUGGAAUCAGCAUAUCACUAUUAGAAAGUUUCUUUUCUUUUGUGUUAUCAUGGUCUUGUUAGUUUUCUUUUAUGGUAUAAGAACCUUGUUGGCUAUUAGCUUAAUUCCUUUUCUCUUGUUGAUCACAUGUAGUUCAGCAAUUCCGAAAGUUAACAUUUUAUUAAACAGCAAGAGCAGAGCUGGGACAAGGUAUUUGUGUGUCUGUAGCAGGUUUGAAAAGAGUGAAUAUUGUUUGGUUUCAUAAUUUAAGAGAUAAUCUUGAACUACGUUACCAUUCUAGCAAAUAAACUCAUUUUGCAUGUUCUCACACAAGUAGUUUAGAGGACCAAUGCUUUGCUUUCAAAUAAUCUCCAUCAAUGCUGUGUUAUGAUUAUUAAUUAGUUCCAUAAUAUCAAGAAAGACUCCGUUUAAUUUUCUAGAUCUAUCACUGGAAGCCCUAAGUGCCAGGUUGUCAACAUUGUCAUCGUCGCCCCCACAGUGACAUGCAAAAUACAUUUUAGAACUUCUGCCAUUUUUGCCUUUCUUAUUCAGUUACUUGUUGAAUCCCAUCAGUAAUAAAAAUGUCCUCCCUUCAUUGUUCCCCCCCAUUUGGAAAAGCUGGUGUGGUGAACCACUGAAUUUUAAUGAUCCCCUGUUUUUGGAAUUGGAUAGCACUUUAUUGUGUUUGUCAAACAUAAUGCAAGGAAAGCAAAAUAAAGUAUUUUGUUUGCAAUUAAUUAA